CGGGAUCUUACAGAAUCCGAGUGAAAAGGACGUUGGAGGCCAAGGCCCUCCACAGUGAAGGAGAGCAAACAGGAGAGGAAGAAUCAAAGAGAACUAGAAGAGGGACCAGAAGAAACAGAAAUACUCACCUCUCCAAUUCAGCCUCAGUCUGCCCGAGCAACCAACAUAGGGACCAUCUGGAAAGAUCAAAAGAGAUCCAUUUGUUGGGAUGGAAGAGCAGUGGGAAAUGCAAUGGGAACAGUUCCUCCAGACGCAACCCAGCCACACAGAAGGGAUCUUGAAGGCUUCUCCCUGGGAAGACCCCAAGGCCUUCCUGGCCUCCUUUGAGCAGGUGGCCACGGCCUGCCGGUGGCCCAGAGGAGAGUGGGCGGCCCGUCUCCUGCCGGCCCUUUGUGGAGAAGCUGAAGUGGCCUUUCGGAGCCUGGACACAAUUCAUCAAGAGGAUUAUGAGAAUGUAAAGGUGGCCAUCUUGAGGGGAGAAGCUAUGACAAUGGAGGUGCAGCGUCAACGUUUCAGACAGUUCUACUGCCAGGAAGUGGAAGACCCACGAAGGGUUCAAAGCCACCUCCAGGACCUCUGUCACAGGUGGCUGAAGCCGGAGAGACACACCAAGGAUCAGAUCCUGGAGCUCUUGAUCUUAGAGCAGUUUCUGGCCAGCCUUCCUCCAAAGCUUCAAGGCUGGGUUCAGUCAAAGAGGCCAGACACAUGUUCCCAGGCAGUGGCCCUGAUGGAGGACUUCCUUAGGAGCCAGCAAGAAGUCAGAUCCAGCUCAUGUCAGAGGCCUUUAAAAGGGGAGCAUGUGAUUUUCUUACGUGAAGAAGAGUCUGUAGAGACUGUGAAGAGAGAACAUGUUGGGAGGGAGAUCAAUAUGUUGGGUUUUAGAGCGCAGCUGAGGGGGAAAAAGCUGAAAGAGGACAAAGCUGGGAGUCCAAAAUUAGAAGAGGAAACAGAUGGGAGAAACCUCCCCUGUGCAACUCAGCCUCAGUCUGGGUCUCAGCAACAACCAGGAUGGGCAGCAACCCAGAAGAGCGAAGAGGAACCCUUCUUUGGGGUGGAAGAGCGCUGGGAAGCCCAGUGGCAGCAGUUCCUCCAGACGCUGCAGCCCCCUCCCACCGGAGGGAAGAAUCCGGUGAUGUCAGAGGCUUCCCCCUGGGAAAACCCCAAGGCCUUCCUGGUCUCCUUUGAGCAGGUGGCCAAAGCUUGCCACUGGCCUAGAGAAGAAUGGGCCGCCCAACUCUUCCCAGCCUUGAGCGGAGAAGCAGAAGAGGCCGUUCGGAAGCUGGAAAUCCGAGAGCAGGAAAACUAUGGCAAAGUGAAGGCCGCCAUCUUGCAAGGGGAAGCCCUGAGAACGGAAACGCAACGCCAGCACUUUCGGCAGUUCUGCUGCCAAGAGGUGGGAGACCCCAGGAGACUCUACGGCCAACUCCAGCAGCUGUGUCUCCGAUGGCUGAAGCCCGAGAGACGCACCAAGGAGCAGAUCCUGGAGCUGCUGAUCCUGGAGCAAUUCCUAGCCAGCCUCCCACCUGACCUCCGGAGCUGGAUCCGGGCGGGAAGGCCGGACACGUGUUCCCAGGCGGUGGCCCUGGUGGAGGACUUCCUCUCGAGCCUGCAAGAGGCCAAAUCUGGAUCCUGUCAGGGACUGCUGAAGGAAGAGCCUGCGGAUUUCGAUCCUGCAGAGGAAGAACUCUUGGAAACAAUGAAGAGACAAAGAGUUGAAAUGGAGACCAGUUCGUUGGGUAAUAGAUGGGAAAGUGAGGUCAAGGUGGAGCAUUCUCAGGGCGAAGGCGAAGAGCCAGAGGCAACAUGCAGGACAGACCCCCUGAGAAGCCCUGUGAAUCUGUCUGAAAACCUGGAAGAACGCUGCAAGUCAAAAAAGCAGCAACAGAAGACAUCCAUGGAGAAUGAGGAGGAAUGUAUUUUGCUUGCAAAAAGUUUUUCUGCUGCUGUUAUUGGAAAGACCACUUUAUCCAGCAAGGAUAAACUGCCCUUGUUCUCCAAGUAUGGUAGAAAAUAUCACUACAGAGUGGAACUUGACAUGAUAGAUUCCAUGGAUGACUUUGAAGAAUGCCCUAGAUCAGAGGAAGAUCUCCAGUGCGUUUCCGACUAUUGUGAAAAGGAAGAAAAUAUAAUAACUGAGAAAAAGUGUGAAUUUUCUGGGAACAGAAUAGGGAAUCAUUUGAACAGAUAUCAAUGUAUGUAUCUAGAAGAAAAACAUGAUAAUUCUCUUGAGUACGUGAAAACCUUUAGUAAUGCAAACUCGUUAAAAAUAAUUCAGGGUCCUAAUGCUGAAAGGAAAUUGUAUGAAUGUUCCCAGUGUGGGAAAUGCUUUGGUAAAUUUAGCCAAUGGAAUCAACAUCAGAAAAUUCAUACUGGAGAAAAACCAUACAAAUGUUCCCAAUGUGGGAAACGUUUCAAUCAAGCAGGAAAUCUGAAGACCCACCAAAAAAUUCAUACUGGAGAGAGACCAUACAAAUGUUCUCAGUGUGGGAAAUGUUUCAAUCAGGCAGGAAAUCUGAAGACCCACCAAAAAAUUCAUACUGGAGAAAGACCAUACAAAUGUUCUCAGUGUGGGAAAAGCUUCACCCGAGGAAUACUUUUGAAGAUACAUCAAAGAAUUCAUACUGGAGAAACACCGUACAAAUGUUCUGAAUGUGGGAAAGGAUUCAAUGAGAUGCGCAACUUGAAAAGACACCAGAGAAUUCAUACUGGAGAGAAACCUCACAAAUGUUCCCAAUGCGGGAAAUGCUUCACUGAGGCAGAUGUUUUGAAAAUACAUCAAAGAACACACACUGGAGAGCGACCAUACAAAUGUUUGGAGUGUGGAAAAUGCUUCAAUAAAUCAGGAACCUUGAGGAGACAUCAAAGAAUUCAUACUGGAGAGAGACCAUACAAAUGUUCUCAGUGUGGAAGAGCUUUCAAUCAAAUGGGAACUUUGAAAAAACAUCAGAGAAUUCAUCCGGGAGAGAAACACUACAAAUGUUCUCAAAUCCAUACAGCAAUUUAUAUUGGAGAAAAACCACACAAGUGCUCUGAAUGUGGGAAAUGUUUCAGACAGGCAGGACUUCUGAAGAGACAUCAAAGAAUUCAUACUGGAGAGAGACCAUACAGAUGUUCUCAGUGUGGAAAAUGGUUCAAUCAGUCAGGAACUUUGAAGAGACAUCAGAGAAUUCAUACCGGGGACAAACCAACCCAGCUUCUUAGCAUUGAAAAUGCUUCAGUCAGAGAAGUAACUUGAAAAGCUAUCUGGGAAUUCAAAUUUAAGGAAGAAACCACAGAUAUAACUAAAACCUAAUGGGAAGAACCUCCAUGAUUGGAAUAUAGUAAUUGAAAGAUACAAUCCACUGAAAAGAAAGAGGGGCAGUAGAACAGGAGGAAGAGUUUUAGUGUAUGAUAGGGAUGAAUAAAAUCAAUAUAAAGAUUGAUGCCUCCCAUCACUCACCCUGGCUAUGAGUGAUGUGGACUAUGCUUUCUGAAAGCAGAGAGAGAUCUGAAAUAAAUUGUGGAGUUGGAAUCCCGAGUCCAACUUCCUGCUUAGGAACUUUUGCAGAAAAAACAGGGAGGAAUUAUUGCACGCUUCAAGUCCAUGAAGGGAUGCCGUAGAGAAGAAGGAGAUUUGUUGUCUCUCAUUCUGGAGGGUAAAACAUGAAACCAUAAAUUGAAUGCUAGGAAAAAACUUCAAACAUUCAUUCAUAAUAAAGAUGGUUGAGCAGUUGGACCAAUUGUGCAAUGAGAUGAUGGGUUCCCCUUCGCUAGAUGUGUCCAAGCACGGGCUGGAAAGAAGCUUGUCAUGGAUAAUUGAGAUUCCUGCAUGGAGCUGACAUUGGACUCGAUGAUCUUAUCGGCUAUUUCCAGCUUAUGCUUCCAUGAUUCCUGACAAGACCACGUGGCUGUGGGUUUGGGGCCCUCCUACAUCUAGCGGGUUGCCAUCUUUAACCUGUCAGAGCUGGUGCACGAUCAGGGGGUCCUUCUGGACUCGCAGCUCCUGCUCAAAGAGCAAGUGGCACGUGGCUAGGAGGGCCUUUGCAUAAAUACAUCUUGUGGGCCAGUGGCGUCCUUUCCUAUGUUGGGAGACACUGGUCACGGCCAAUCGUGCCUUAGUCACCUCCCAAUUGGGCUGUCGCAAUGUCCUCUAGUGGGACUGCCCUUGAAGAGCAUUCAGAAGACCACAGCAGCUUGAACAGCAGUGGGGGCAUCACCAUAUACCCACGUAAGACCCUGCUAUGUGAACUGCCCUGCCUCCCAGGAUCCUUCAAGGUGCUGAUCAUCCCCUUUAAAGCCCUACAUGGCAUGGGGCCAAGUUAUUUGCAGGACUGCCUAUCUCUGGGGCAGUGUUUCUC